AUGGAUGAAGCCAAUCACUCUGUGGUCUCUGAGUUUGUGUUCCUAGGACUGUCCAAUUCAUGGGAGAUUCAGCUGUUUCUUUUCUUCUUUUCCUCUGUCUUCUACAUGGCAAGCCUCAUGGGAAACCUCCUCAUAGUGUUCUCUGUGGCCUCUGACUCUAACUUACACUCUCCCAUGUACUUCCUGCUGGCCAAUCUGUCUUUUCUUGACCUGGGAGGUUGCUCUAUUGCAACCCCCAAAAUGCUCUAUGAUCUCUUUCAAAAACGCAAAACCAUUUCUUUUGGGGGUUGUAUUACUCAGAUCUUCUUUAUUCAUGCUAUUGGGGGCACAGAAAUGGUGCUACUCAUAGCCAUGGCCUUUGACAGAUAUGUGGCCAUAUGUAAGCCUCUCCACUACUUGACCAUCAUGAGUCCACGGAUGUGCCUUUUACUUAUGACUACAGCCUGGAUCCUUGGCCUCAUCCACUCAGUGGCCCAAUUGGCUUUUGUUGUAGGCUUACCCUUCUGUGGUCCUAAUGUAUUGGACAGCUUUUAUUGUGAUCUCCCUCAGCUCAUUAAACUUGCAUGCACAGAGACCAACAGACUGGAGUUCAUGGUGAUAGCCAACAGUGGACUCAUCUCUGUGGGCUCCUUCUUCACGCUGAUCAUUUCCUACAUCUUCAUUCUGGUCACUGUCCGGAAACACUCUUCAGGUGGUUUAUCUAAGGCCCUCUCUACUUUGUCAGCUCACGUCACUGUGGUGGUUCUAUUCUUUGGGCCAUUAAUUUUCGCCUACGUCUGGCCCUUCCUCUCAUCACACUUUGACAAAUUUCUUGCUGUUUUUGAUGCAGUUAUCACUCCUUUUCUGAAUGCUGUCAUCUAUACAUUCAGAAACAAGGAGAUGAAGACAGCGAUGAAAAAAGUUUGCCAUCAGCUUGUGAGUUACAGGAUGAUUUCCUAA